AUGUCCGACGAAGUAUCCCAGUUCCUCGAGUCGGUCGAGCGUCUGCGAGGUCAACAGAUUGAGGAGGAUGAGGUCCGCACGAAGGAGCUCGAGGACUAUCUAGCUGCCAAACGGGAGAGACAGGCAAGGAGACAAGAACGCGCAAGGUCCAUUUCACCCCAGAAGCCGUCUUCGUCGUCAUCAGUCGCCAACACGCCCUCGCCUCGUUCUAGCAUUCAGGCCCCUCGUACCGGAGACACCCCGAGGCUUGACUCGCCUACUGUUAACCACGACGCCAUGGCCAGCCUCACAUCGGGCUCCUCCUCCCCCAGCAAGGAGAAUGUCUCACCGUCCGACUCCGACUUCAAGACCACUUCCUCGCCUGCCCCCCUCACCAGGUCCUCCACCUUGCCUUGGCAGCAGAGGCGGCCCGUGUCGCGUGGUAAUCCGCGUCCGCUGAGUCUCGUGGCCGCCCAGAACGCCACCCAGAGGUCCUCCGCCGUCACCCAGGAUCCGUUGCCCACCACUGUCGAGCCUGAACCCGAGACCCAGCCGGAACCUGAGUCGGCGCCGUCGCGGGAUCAGAUCUCUCAGAGCCUCGGCUCCGAGGAUCCUGCCUUCUUCCGUCAGACUGCCGACCGAGGUCAGUCCUCGGCUGCCUACGGGCGUGACCAGGUCGAGUCACAGGAUCGCUCCGACGCCGCCGUCGGCAGUGCUCAGCUGCCAGGCAUGUCAGCUUCCCUCGGCGAGAGGUCGCCGUCCAUCUCGAGUACAGGCACGAGCACCCCCCAGGGGAAACUUGCCGCGCCCUUCCCCUUGACUCUGUCUCGCCCCGAUGCCACCGCAGAGGACACGGCUCCCGUCGACGACGUCGUCAAGUCGCCCGGCCGCACGUCCCCGACCCGCUCCGGAUCACCCACCAAGGGCAUGGGCGGCUUCGUCCAGAGCGCCAUGAUGAAGAGGACGGACAGCGUGAAACGCUGGAGCGUCCAGAGCCCGCCUGGCCUCGCUCGCGUCGACUCGGUCGCCGCGAAUCGUAGCAGCUACGGACGCCCCAGACCCAAGAGCUUCGUCCGUCCCGAGACGUCCAGAACGCCCGACACUAGCAGGCCGGCGUCCGUUGCCUCGGAGAGCAGAGAAUCCGACGCCGGCGCCGACGACUCCACCCCCAAGGCUGCCGGCUCGCCAGGCUUGGAAUCCAGGUCCGGCACAUACGACGACGGGCGGAGCGUUCCCUCCAGCCCCUCCAAGACCAUGGAGCCCAGGCGGUGGAGCCCCACGAAGCCAACUUGGCUUGACAGUGCCCUGAACAAACCGGAGACGCCCAAGUCGCCUACAAAGCCGCAUACGCCGACACAACCCUCGUGGAUAGCGGAUCUCAACAAGACAAGAGCCGAGCGUUCUGGGACUGCGGAGAGCGGCCAUGGCCGAGCAGGUUCCGUGUCGGGACACAGGCACCAGGUCAGCAUUGGUGGGCUUAUGAGAUCUUCACCGAUGGGCGUGGGUGUCAAGCCGAAUACGACCGACCUCGGAGGUAUUUAUUCACCGCCUGCGAGGGGUAACAGGCCCGAAUUCGGCCACGCCUCCAAGCCGAGCCUGUCGAGCCCCAUUGCCUCGGGGGCACCGUCCUCUGCAAUGUCAACAGUGCAGCCGGAAGAAAAGUCACCGACCAAAGAAGCCCCCACCCCCAAGGACCCGACCGUCGAAGCAGAGGUUGCUGCCCCCAAAGAGAAGGAGGAAGAUAUGUCAGCGCCUGCUCCGGCCCCGGAGGCCGCGACCAGCCCGCUGUCGGUGCCCAAGCCCACCCCCAAGCCCACGCCAACGCCCAAGCCUGAGGCGCCUCCCAAGAUGGACUUCCGCUCCAACCUGAGACAGCGGCCCGUGGACUCGGGGGCGGACAAGCCUGCCGAGCCCGAAUUCAAGAAUGCCCUCGGGAACCUGAGGCGCGCCAGGACGCAGAGCUACGUCGCCCCCGACGAGCUCAAGGACAACAUCCUCCGCGGCAAGGCCGGUCUCAACCUCACCGGAGGCCCGAAGAAGACCGAACGCAAGGACGAGUUCAAGGAGGCCAUCCUCAAGAAGAAGGAUGACUUUGGCAAAGCGCAGGCCGACGGGAAAGGCAUCAAGAGGACACCCACCGGCAGCAGCAGCAAUGACCCUGUCCCCGAGGGACUGGCGCGCAGGGCGCAGCUGGGAAAGCGAGCGGGAUCUCGAGACGAGACGGCGUCAAGCCCUGGAUCAUCUUCGGUCACGUCGCCAUCCGCCGAGAGCCCUGAACUGUCAGAGAGGUCUCUGCCCCCGUCGAACUCCCAGGGAGCCGUGUCCCGCCCCAAGGGCCUCGGCCUGAGAGGGCCCAGCCAUACCAUCAGCGGUGGCAGUGCCCUGCCCGGUCGCGUGGGCGGAGGGAAGCUUGCUGACCGCUUCAACCCUGGACUGGCCGGCAUGCUCGCUAGAGGGCCUCCCCCCAUGGCGGUGGAGGGUGGCAAGAGCUCAUCCGACCCGGCUGCCAGCACUGCUUCUGAUGAACCGCCCAAGCCCGGUCCGUCGUUGACGCACAUGACCAAGGCGCGAGCGCGCGGCCCUAGACGGAAAGCUCCCUCGUCUACUGUGCCGACAUCGAAGAAGGCACCCGCCACCGCAGAAUCGUCUAGCCAGCCGGCUGCCGAGCUCGAGACGAUCGUGGAGAGCAAGCCUGCGUCUAUCCCUACGCCCGACGAAGUCGAGAAGGAGCCCGAGGAAGUCGGGAAGCCGCCGGGUGCGGGAAGAGACCAGCAGGAGGUCACGGCCUCGGACGAGGGCACCCAGCCGACUGGAGACACACCUGCACCCAUCUCCAUCCAGCAGCAGGUCGCUGCCGUGGCCGCCUCACGGGGCAGACCGGCGUCGGCGUCCACCAGCCCUGAACGCAAGCCUGUCAGUCCGCCUUCCCCCAUCAGGCCCCAGAAGACUGGCGGUGCCGGAGAGGCUUCCCAGCCUAGCUCGCCCAAGAAGCUCGACGUCAAGCGCAUAUCCAAGUUUCUGGAUGGGUCGUCGGUGAUAAACAGCAGCCCGAAGCCUGAGCCACCGGCCAAGGACACCCCCCCAUCCCGACGAACAGGGUCGACGUCCCCGUUCAAGGCAGAGAAGAACCUGCCCGCCGCGCCCGCUGUCGAUGUCGCUUCUAGGAUUGAUGCUGCCAUGGCCAAUUCAUCGUCUCCGUCGCCUACUCCUGCUCCCAGGCCUCAGUUCUACUCACCCGGCAAUGCUGGCCCCGGCCCGAGCGCACUGGAGAGGAACCGCCCUCCGACGAUCGAGACCCGCCCGCUCCCGCCCGCUCCUAGCAGCGACGCAAACGCCGCGUCACCUGUCGUCGAUACUCCUGCGCGGUCCCCCUCGAAGCAGACGAGGGAGGCGUCGUCGCUCCUGACCGAAUUCUUUGGGCCGGCUCGCCCUACAAAGAGCUGCAAGGUUGACCCGGCGGCGCUCCUGUCUGCACGCCCUCAAGAGGCUGGUGAGACCAAGACCCUGAGCUGGCAGAUGGCGCAGAUUGGCAGCGAUGGGAAGAAGUCUGCCGUGCAGGCGCAUAAUGCGCACACGCUGUUCGAGAAGGAGAUGUACAUUGGCGCGCACGAGUUCACGGGAGCGAACGGGAAGAAAGCGGUGCACGUCUUCUUCUGGGUGGGUGACGACGUGCCGUCGUCGACGGCCGAGGACACGCAGCUGUUUGCGCAGCGCGAGGCCCGGUCGCUGGGUGGCACGCUGAUCAAGCUGCGCCAGGGCAAGGAGACGGGCGAGUUCCUGCAGGCUGUCGGCGGACCGGUCGUGACGCGUCGCGGGUCCAGCCACAAGCACGACUCGCUGGCACCCAGCAUGCUCUGCGGCCGCCGCCACCUGGGCCAGGUGGUGUUUGACGAGGUCGACUUCUCGCCGGCCAGCCUGUGUGCGGGCUUCGCCUACCUGGUGGCCCAGUCGGGCCGGUGCUACCUGUGGAAGGGUAAGGGGAGCAGCGUGGACGAGCUGAGCUGCGCGCGGCUGAUCGGCAUGGACAUGUCGCUGACGGGCGAGAUGGCCGAGUACGACGAGGGCAGCGAACCCGAGUCGUUCUGGGGUCUGUUCCCUGCCGGGGGCGUCAAGGCUCACUCCGCCGACCACUGGAGGCUGAAGCCCAACUACUCCAUGUACGGGGGUCGACUGUUCUGCUCCGAAGCCGACGCACGACAGCAGAUCUCGGAAAUCACCCCCUUCAGCCAAGCCGACCUAUCCCCGUUCAAGAUUUACAUCCUAGACGCCUUUUUCGAAAUAUACGUCGUGGUAGGGUCCCGGGCGCAGUCGCAGUUCGCAUCGUUCCGCAACGCCCUGAACUUUGCGCAGGAGUACGCCAUCCUAGCUGCCAGCAUCGAGGACAGGCCAUUUGUCCCCGUAUCGACGGUCGUGCUGGAGGGUGUGCCGCGGGACCUGAAGCGCGUGUUCCGCAAGUGGUCCGACGAGAUGAGCCCUACCGUCACCAGACCCUCCGCCACCCCGUCCGCCAGCGGCUCUGCCUCCACGCUCAAGAGGGGGAGGAGUCUUCGCGUCCUGCCUCUUACUCACGCUCUGCAGGCCCUCAGGGACUAG